AUGUGGGUGGCCAUCAAACUCUCGGAGCAGCUACGCGCUGAAUGCGCCCAGGCUGGCUACACCGAGGCGCUCACCUUCACGUUCGUAAGUCUGCUGUCGACACAACAAGAAGAACAUCACCUCACUGUUAAUGAAAGUUCUACCAAUUCAAAUUUCGGCUGUUUCUUAAUCAAACUCUCGGAACAGCUACGCGCUGAAUGUGCCCACGCCGGCUAUACUGAGGCGCUCACCUUCACGCUCUGCUCUCGCGAGGACGUGGCCACAAAGCUGGGCCUCAAGAUCGAGGAAGUCCCUGCCGUCCACAUUUCCAACCCGAAGACGCUGGAGUUUCAGGUGGUCCGAACGCUGCUGCUGUCAGGACUCCUGAAGACGCUCGCAGCCAAUAAGAAGAUGCCCCUGCCUUUGAAGCUCUUUGAAAUCAGUGACGUCGUGUUGAAGGAUGAUAACGCUGAGACGGGCGCACGCAACGAACGGCGGCUGUGUGCAGUACACUGUGGGCGCGCCGCUGGUUUCCAAUUCGUGCACGGACUUUUGGAUCGCGUCAUGGCGCUGCUGCGAGUGCCCUACAGCAGUGAUGGCUACGGCUUGAGGCAGCGGGAAGACCCAGCGUAUUUCCCGGGAAGGUGCGCCGAAGUGGUCCUCCGCGGUGAAGUGAUAGGCAAAAUAGGCGUCAUACACCCCAACGUAUUGGCAGCUUUCGAGCUCACCAACCCUUGCUCGGCGCUCGAGAUCAACAUAGAACCGUUCGUGUAACGAAUCUGGUGAAUAAAUGAAUUAAAGGCUCUAAA